CAUGCUCCUUUUCACCUGCAGACGUGUGGUCCGUAAAUCCAUUGCCAGAGUCUUAACUGUUAUCAAUCAGACCCAGAAGGAGAACUUGAGGAAGUUUUACAAAGGCAAAAAGUACAAGCCUCUUGACCUGCGGCCCAAGAAGACUCGUGCCAUGCGACGCAGAUUAAAUAAGCAUGAAGAAAACUUGAAGACCAAAAAACAGCAGCGAAAAGAACGUCUGUACCCUGUCCGGAAAUAUGCUAUCAAGGCGUAAAACUGCAGUGUACUAAAAGUCGUAAUUAUAUUGGCUGAGUAUGUCUCAUUAAAUAGAAUUUUGUUUGGAAGCUGU